CUCCAACUCUAAUACAGAACUAAAAAAAUCUAAGAUAUUCAGGAAAACCCUAUUUUUAGGUAAUUUUGAAUUUGAAUUGGACUAGAAAAGGGAAAUCAAACUCGUUGUAAAAAAAAAAGUAUAUAUAAAUAGCAGCGGCUGUUCAGAAGAAAGAUUAUACUAUACGUAAUACGUUAAUGAGUGAGAGAAAAUCAAGAUUGUUUCAAUCGCCAACAAUGGAUCAAGGAUCUUUUCAUGGGUUUAAUGAUUAUGCUUCUUACUUAACUUCACUAAUGCAGGGACUAAAUUUGUCCAACAACUAUCAAGAGGAAUAUGCUUUGCCCAAUCAGUACCAAUUGAGUAAUGCUGCAUCAAAUUAUACUUUGCCCAAUCAGUACCAAUUGAGUAAUGCUGCAUCAAAUUAUGCUUUGCCCAGUCAGUACCAAUUAAGUAAUGCUGCAUCAAAUUAUGGUUUGCCCAAUCAGUACCAAUUAAGUAAUGCUGCAUCUUCUAGCAGCAGCAGUGAGUUCGAAUUACCAACUUGGAAUAUACAAUCUCCUGCUACUCUUUAUCCUAGCACAGCAGGCCGAAUUACGGAUGAUUUUGUUAUAUCAAAUCGUAUUAAUAGGAUAACAUUACUCGAAGAUAUCUGUAUCGAUCCCUAUACUGUGAUGCUCGAUCAAGAACGUUGUUCUGAGUUUCUGAAACUCCUUCAAAACUGUAAUAGGACUGUACUCAAUCACAUUCUGAGAAAGAUGGCAGAAUUUCCUGAUACUCUCCUUAUCUUCACCUCUUGUGACAGUCAUGGAUCCCGGGUGCUUAAGAAGCUAAUCAAUGCAGCGAGGAAAUUACCAAGUGUUAGUUGGUUUCCUAGGAUAUUUUCUGAAGCAGUUGUGUACCUAAUGAACCACAAACAAGCAAGGCAUGUCGUUCAAGAGUGUUUUGUGUCAUUAGAUACGUUUUUGAACGAGCCUUUAUAUGAAGAAGUGAUGAAGCAUUGGUGUGAGCUAGCCAUCAAUAAGUAUGGAUGCAUCUCGUUACAAUAUUGUAUGGACUACAUGGAUUCAUCCCCAGUGCUGUCUUAUGACAGGAUGACCUAUGAACCCUCUUUAAAGGAACGUCUCCUCAUGGAUAUCUCCUACAAAGCAGCACCAUUGGCACUAGAUAUAUAUGGGAAUUAUGUUUUGCAACAUGUACUAGUGAUGAAUUAUCCAAAAUGUAAUCAAGUAAUUUCAAAGGAGCUCAGGCCUUUGUACGAGCCACUUUGUAUACACCAGAGGGGUAGCUUUCUGGUUCAGAAACUUUGCGGUACUCAGUUUAGAACUUGUGUAGCAGAAGAGCUUCUAAAGAGUAACAUGCUUGUAAAGAUUGCGCAAAAUCAGUAUGGAAAUUAUGUGAUACAGAACCUACUCAAAGAGAUGAAGGAACAUGAUGUUUUGUUAUAUGAAAAACUGUAUAAGAAAUUGUUGCGGGACUUUCCUACUUUCGAGGGUAGUCUAUUUGGAAAGAAUGUCGCCAAUUUGAUUAAAGAUGAGAUGAGAGGAGAUGAAGCCAGUGGAUAUGCAGUACAGAAGUGGCAAAAGGAGGUCGUUAGACAACAAGGGGCAGCAAAGUUUGUGGAGAAAAAGAAGAAAAAGGAAUUCAGUUGUUGAUGAAUGAUGAGCACAGUAAAGUUUGUAACUUUGUCGUAUGCAAUUACUUUUAUACUUCUAUGUACCAUUGAAUUGUGGGAUUAGUCAUCAGUGUGUACUACUGUGUAGGGUUCCUUGUUUUUUUUGAAUUGUUGGUCAAUUGAGCCGAAAUCUCAUCAAUUGUAAUGAAUUCUUAUACUCUUGAGUGGAAAUAUGAUUAUGAUUUGUGUUCACUCAUCCUUUUUCUUUUUGGUAAAA